CGUCCGCCCCGGCCUGGCAGAGCUCAAAGGUGGUGGCGGCAGUGCCCCGGCCGGCCGCUCCGGUGCGCACCCGCCCCCUCCGGCCGGAGCCCGCGCCGCCUCCCAUACCUGAGCGGGGAGCGGCGCCGCGGCCUCCUCCCCCGCCCUCGCCUCCUGCCCGGCCGCAGCUGCGCCGCCGCCGCGGGAGUAAAGGUCGCGCCGGCCGAGAGCGAGCUGUCGCGGCGCCUCCAGGAAGCCGGUGGGGCAGGUCAGGGGAAAAACAGACGAGAAUCAAACUCUCAGCCCGCCCGGGAAGAUGGCGCUGGGCGCGCCGGCCGCGGACUGAGCGCUGCCAGGGCGGCGAGGGGCCCGGACCCACCGCCCACUGGGGUACGAGUGAGGGCCGUCCGCCGGUCGCGGCUUCCGGGGCUCGGGCCCGGCCCGCGGGGUCAUGUCGGUCAGCGAGCUCUACAGCCAGUACACAAGGGUCUGGAUCCCUGACCCGGAUGAAGUGUGGUGCUCAGCCGAAUUAACCAAGGACUACAAGGAGGGAGAAAAGAGCCUCCAGCUCAGACUGGAAGAUGAGACUAUUCGGGAAUACCCCAUUGAUGUCCAAAGCAACCAACUGCCUUUCUUGCGGAAUCCAGAUAUCUUGGUUGGAGAAAAUGACCUGACUGCCCUUAGCUAUCUACACGAGCCUGCAGUUCUGCAUAAUUUAAAGGUCCGUUUCCUGGAGUCGAACCAUAUCUACACUUACUGUGGAAUCGUGCUUGUUGCCAUUAAUCCUUACGAACAGUUGCCAAUCUAUGGUCAAGAUGUUAUCUAUGCCUACAGUGGCCAAAACAUGGGGGAUAUGGACCCCCACAUCUUUGCAGUGGCGGAUGAAGCCUACAAGCAGAUGGCCAGAGAUGAGAAGAACCAAUCCAUCAUAGUCAGCGGGGAGUCUGGAGCUGGCAAGACCGUGUCAGCCAAGUAUGCCAUGCGCUAUUUUGCCACAGUUGGUGGCUCAGCCAGUGACACCAACAUCGAAGAGAAGGUCUUGGCAUCCAGUCCCAUCAUGGAGGCCAUUGGAAAUGCCAAAACCACUCGCAAUGACAAUAGCAGCCGUUUUGGAAAGUAUAUCCAGAUUGGUUUUGACAAAAGUUACCACAUCAUUGGGGCCAACGUGAGGACCUACCUGUUGGAGAAGUCCAGAGUGGCCUUUCAGGCAGAGGACGAGAGGAAUUACCACAUCUUCUAUCAGCUCUGUGCUGCUGCCAGCCUUCCCGAAUUCAAGGAGCUCUCGCUAACAUGUGCGGAGGACUUUUUCUAUACGUCACAAGGAGGAGACACGUCCAUCGAGGGCAUGGAUGAUGCUAAGGACUUUGAGAAGACUCGACAAGCCUUCACACUCCUUGGAGUGAGAGAGUUCCAUCAGAUAAGCAUUUUUAAGAUAAUUGCUUCUAUCCUGCACCUUGGAAAUGUGGACAUUCAAGCUGAGCGUGAUGGUGAUUCCUGUGGUAUAUCACCCCAGGAUGAGCACCUCAACAACUUCUGCCGACUGCUGGGGGUGGAGCACAGUCAGAUGGAGCACUGGCUCUGCCAUCGUAAGCUGGUCACCACCUCGGAGACCUACGUCAAGACCAUGUCCCUGCAGCAGGUGAUCAAUGCGCGCAACGCCUUGGCCAAGCACAUCUAUGCCCAGCUGUUCGGCUGGAUUGUGGAGCACAUCAACAAGGCCCUGCACACCUCUCUCAAGCAGCACUCCUUCAUUGGGGUCCUGGACAUCUACGGGUUUGAGACAUUUGAGGUCAACAGCUUUGAGCAGUUCUGUAUCAACUAUGCGAAUGAGAAGCUCCAGCAGCAGUUCAACUCGCAUGUUUUCAAACUAGAGCAAGAAGAAUACAUGAAGGAGCAGAUCCCUUGGACCUUGAUUGAUUUUUAUGAUAACCAACCUUGUAUCGAUCUCAUAGAGGCAAAGCUGGGCAUCUUGGACCUGUUGGAUGAAGAAUGUAAGGUCCCCAAGGGGACUGAUCAGAACUGGGCUCAGAAGCUCUACGCCCGGCACUCCGGCAGCCAGCACUUCCAGAAGCCUCGGAUGUCCAACACGGCCUUCAUUGUCGUCCACUUUGCAGACAAGGUGGAGUACCUGUCGGAUGGUUUUCUGGAGAAGAACAGAGACACGGUCUAUGAAGAGCAGAUCAACAUCCUGAAGGCCAGCAAGUUCCCACUAGUGGCUGACUUGUUUCAUGAUGACAGAGACACUGUCCCUGCCACCACCACACCUGGGAAGGGCUCCUCUUCAAAGAUCCACGUUCGCUCUGCCAGGCCCCUGCUGAAAGCGCCCAACAAGGAGCACAAGAAAACAGUGGGCCACCAGUUCCGCACCUCCCUGCACCUGCUCAUGGAGACCCUGAACGCCACGACGCCACACUACGUGCGCUGCAUCAAGCCCAACGACGAGAAGCUCCCCUUCCACUUUGACCCAAAGAGAGCAGUGCAGCAGCUCAGAGCAUGUGGGGUGUUGGAGACCAUCCGCAUCAGUGCUGCCGGCUACCCAUCCAGGUGGGCCUACCACGAUUUCUUCCAUCGGUAUCGAGUGCUGGUCAAGAAGAGCGAGCUCGCCAACACGGACAAAAAAGUGAUCUGCAAGUCUGUUCUGGAGCGCCUCAUCAAGGAUCCUGACAAGUUCCAGUUUGGCCGCACCAAGAUCUUCUUCAGGGCAGGCCAGGUGGCCUACCUGGAGAAGCUUCGGGCUGACAAGUUCCGGGCAGCCACCAUCAUGAUCCAGAAAACUGUCCGGGGCUGGAUGCAGAAGGUGAAAUACCGGAGACUGAAGAGGGCUACCUUAACUCUGCAGAGGUGCUGCCGAGGACACCUGGCCCGCAGGCUGGCCGAGCAUCUGCGGAGGACCCGGGCAGCAGUAGUGCUCCAGAAGCAGUACCGAAUGCAGAGGGCCCGCCUGGCCUACCAGAGGGUCCGCAGGGCUGUCCUUAUCAUCCAGGCCUUUGCUCGGGGCCUGUUCGUGCGGAGAAUCUACCAGCAGGUCCUCGCUGAGCACAAGGCCACCAUCAUCCAGAAGCAUGUGCGGGGCUGCCUGGCACGCAGACACUUCCAGCGGCUGCGGGGCGCGGCCGUUGUCAUCCAGUGUGCCUUCCGGAUGUUCAAAGCCAAGCAGGAGCUAAAGGCCCUCAAGAUCGAGGCCCGCUCCGCAGAGCACCUGAAACGCCUCAAUGUGGGCAUGGAGAACAAGGUGGUCCAGCUGCAGCGGAAGAUCGAUGACCAGAACAAAGAAUUCAAGACACUGUCAGAGCAGUUGUCGACAGUCACCAGUGCAUACGCCAUGGAGGUGGAGAAGCUGAAGGAGGAGCUGGCCCACUGCCAGCAGAGCCAAGGUCGGGGUGGCAGCCCAAGGCUGCAGGAAGAGGUCGAGAGCCUGCAGACUGAGCUGCAGAGGGCCCACUCGGAGCGCAAGGUCCUGGAGGAUGCCCACGCCAGGGAGACAGAUGAGCUGAGAAAGCGAGUUGCAGACCUGGAGCAAGAAAAUGCUCUCUUGAAAGAUGAGAAAGAGCAGCUUAACAACCAAAUCCUGUGCCAGUCGAAGGGUGACUUUGCCCAGACCUCUGCCAAGGAAGAACAGAGGGCGCAGGAGCUGGAGGAGGAGCGCUCCCGGUACCAGAACCUCGUGAAGGAAUAUUCUCGGUUGGAGCAGAGAUACGACAACCUUCGCGACGAGCUGACCAUCAUAAAGCAAACCCCAGGCCACAGGCGGAACCCAUCAAACCAAAGUAGCUUAGAAUCGGACUCCAAUUACCCCUCCAUCUCCACAUCAGAGGUCGGAGACAGCGAAGAUGCUCUCCAACAGGUGGAGGAAAUCGGUCUGGAGAAAGCAGCCAUGGACAUGACAGUCUUCCUGAAGCUGCAGAAGCGAGUGCGGGAGCUUGAGCAGGAGAGGAAGAAGCUGCAGGUGCAGCUGGAGAAGAGGGAGCAGCAGGACAGCAAGAAGGCACAGGUGGAACAACCAAAAAAUGACCUAGAUUUGGGCCAGGAUGCCGAUCUAGCCUACAAUAGUCUGAAGAGGCAAGAGCUGGAGUCAGAGAACAAGAAGCUGAAGAAUGAUCUGAAUGAACUGAGGAAAGCUGUGGCCGACCAAGCCGCAGAGAGCAGCUCCACCCAUGGCUCCCCGGACAGCUACAGCCUGCUGCUGAACCAGCUCAAGCUGGCCAACGAGGAGCUUGAGGUUCGCAAGGAGGAGGUGCUCAUCCUGAGGACCCAGAUAGUCAGCGCUGACCAACGCCGGCUUGCUGGCAAGAGCACGGAGCCGAACAUCAAUGCCAGGACAAGUUGGCCUAACAGUGAAAAGCACGUAGAUCAGGAAGAUGCCAUUGAGGCCUACCAUGGGGUCUGCCAGACAAACAGCAAGACUGAGGACUGGGGCUAUUUGAAUGAAGAUGGAGAACUCGGCUUGGCCUACCAAGGCCUAAAGCAAGUUGCCAGGUUGCUGGAGGCCCAGCUGCAGGCCCAGAGCCGUGAGCAUGAGGAAGAGGCGGAAGGUCUCAAGGCCCAGGUGGAGAUGCUGAAGGAGGAGCUGGACAAGCAGCAGCAGACCUUCUGCCAGACGCUGCUGCUCUCCCCGGAGGCCCAGGUGGAAUUUGGCGUCCAGCAGGAGAUAUCCCGGCUGACCAAUGAGAACCUGGACCUUAAAGAACUGGUAGAAAAGCUGGAAAAAAAUGAGAGGAAGCUCAAAAAACAACUAAAGAUUUACAUGAAGAAAGUCCAGGACCUAGAAGCUGCCCAGGCAUUGGCUCAAAGUGAGAAGAAGCGCCAUGAGCUCAACAGGCAGGUCACCGUCCAGCGGAAAGAGAAGGACUUCCAGGGCAUGCUGGAGUACCACAAGGAAGAUGAGGCCCUCCUCAUCCGGAACCUGGUGACAGACUUGAAGCCCCAGAUGCUGGCAGGCACGGUGCCCUGUCUUCCUGCUUACAUCCUCUACAUGUGCAUCAGGCACGCAGAUUACAUCAACGAUGACCUCAAGGUGCACUCUUUGCUCACCUCCACCAUCAAUGGCAUUAAGAAAGUCCUGAAGAAGCACAAUGAUGACUUUGAGAUGACAUCGUUCUGGUUAUCCAAUACCUGCCGCCUCCUGCAUUGUUUGAAGCAGUAUAGCGGGGAUGAGGGCUUCAUGACUCAGAACACGGCCAAGCAGAAUGAACACUGUCUUAAGAACUUUGACCUCACUGAAUACCGUCAGGUGCUGAGUGACCUCUCCAUUCAGAUCUACCAGCAGCUCAUUAAAAUCUCUGAGGGCACGUUGCAGCCUAUGAUAGUUUCUGCCAUGUUGGAAAAUGAGAGCAUUCAAGGUCUAUCUGGUAUGAAGCCAACGGGCUACCGGAAGCGCUCCUCCAGCAUGGUGGACGGGGAUAACUCGUACUGCCUGGAAGCCGUCAUCCGCCAGAUGAAUUCCUUUCACACAGUCAUGUGUGACCAGGGCCUGGACCCCGAGAUCAUCCUGCAGGUGUUCAAACAGCUCUUCUACAUGAUCAACGCGGUGACUCUAAACAACUUGCUCCUGCGGAAGGACGUCUGCUCGUGGAGCACAGGCAUGCAGCUCCGGUACAAUAUUAGUCAACUUGAGGAGUGGCUUCGGGGAAGAAACCUUCACCAGAGUGGAGCGGUUCAGACCAUGGAACCUCUGAUCCAAGCAGCCCAACUCCUGCAGUUAAAGAAGAAAACCCCGGAGGACGCUGAGGCCAUCUGCUCUCUGUGCACCGCCCUCAGCACCCAGCAGAUUGUCAAAAUUUUAAACCUGUAUACUCCCCUGAAUGAAUUUGAAGAACGGGUAACAGUGGCCUUUAUACGAACUAUCCAGGCACAACUGCAGGAGCGAAAUGACCCUCAGCAGCUGCUCUUAGACUUCAAGCACAUGUUUCCUGUUUUGUUUCCAUUUAAUCCAUCAUCUUUGACCAUGGACUCCAUCCACAUCCCAGCGUGUCUCAGUCUGGAGUUCCUCAAUGAAGUCUGAAAAGGCCCAUCCAUGUCCAUCGUUGGCUCCAUUCCCAGUGAGAGCAAGAAGGAAAUAUAUACAGUAAAGUGAAUUUGAGGAUGUUAAAUCUUAAAAGUGGAUCAAAUCAGAGAUUGAGAACCUGUGCAGAGUGAACUAUACAGAAUAAGACACAUCUGUCAUUAUUUUUUGUACCUACUGCUCAGAAUAAAAACACUUGAAAUAUGGAA